AUGGCGAGCCAUAGUGCCACCAGUGUCCCGACGUGGGUUGCGGUGUGUGGGAAUUUGGCUCCAGCAGCCGCCAUUGUUGUUUUCCUGGCGCCCUGGCCGACCAUUGCCAACAUUCGUCGGGAUCGGACCGUGGGCACGCUGCCGCUCCUGCCGUAUUCUUCCAUGAUUGCGUCAGCCUUUCUCUGGGUUGUCUACGGACUCUUAAAGAACGAAUCCAAGAUAUGGUCUUCCAACGGCGUGGGACUCGUGCUCGGUUUGUACUACUUUGGGAAUUUUGUCAAGCACGCGCCCAAAGCCGCGCCUACACUGCCGGGUUCCGUCAAGCAGCACUUGCAAGCCAUGGGAACCGUUAUCUUGGGCACGCUGAUGCUUGCAUUGUCGCCCAUGCAAUCCCCCGUCAAUAUCAUCGGUACCCUGGGAGUCAUAUUCUGUGUCGCCAUGUUUGCGAGUCCGUUGGCCGCCCUCAAGACUGUGCUGGAAACCAAGUCGGCGCAGUCCAUUCCGUUGCCCUUUACGUUGGCAUCCACCGCUAACUGUCUGCUCUGGAGCAUUACCGGGAUCUUUGAUAUGAAAGAUCCCAACGUCAUUGUUCCGAAUUUGUUGGGAUUGGUCUUUUCUCUCGCACAGGUCGUCCUCAAGAUAGUCUAUGGUGACGGACCCAAAGGCAAGCUGGAACCCUUGCCGCUCUGA